AUGUCUGAGGGCAAAUCGGUCACCGGUCAAAUGAAGAUCGCGUGUUUCUCUCUGUCUGAACUAACUUAUAAGUUGUACGCUGACGACGAUCAGGAUGGAAACCUUGUAGAUGACGUUAAAGAGUCAAAGGAGGAUAAGCAGAGCUACGACUCGUUGGAGAAGUUACAUGGCCUCACGGUGCUGGAAGAUGACAACCAGCUUGCAGAUGAUGAAGACCUUUUUGAUGGCGACGAUGAUGCUGAAAGCGGGGACUGGUAUCCUGAUUAUGAUAGGAGAAGGGAGAAAGUUGGUACAACAAACAUGGUUCGGCUAACUCCAGAUGACUUCAUGGGCGUGGUGGAGGGAGUCGAUGUUGGGGGAAACUUAAACGAGAUCAAGAGGCUGCUGAACGAAAACCCGGAGAUUAAAGAUAUAGCUCUACCAACGUUGCCAAAUUACACACGCAAGCCGACAACAGAAACGCCAGCCAGCGUGCGGGAGACCGUGACAGAAAAACAAAAUGGACGCGAAAAGCGAAGCGUAUUUCCCGACUCGGUAGCUGACGCGAUAUCAACAGUCACUGCACCUAAAGUAAUUUCGAAGGACGAAGAAAGACGAAAGACAAAGAAAUUCACCCCACCACCUGAUACAAUGAAGAUUCCCGUACACACCGUUUCAAGAACUGCAAGAAAUAGUGACGGAGAGGGAAGACCGUUCAUCGCAGCUCACUUUCACGGAAACACAUCCCACCUAAGCACAGAAAUACACGAGCAUUUCAAAGGUAACGGUUUAGUCCGCGUGUCGCAUGGCGCUCCCCACGAUGUAUGGUACCCAGCACCCUGGACUAUCGCAUCACCACAUCCCCGACCCACACUUACUAGAACUGGCCAUAUUCAUGUGCAUCACACUGGAGUCUACCUUGUUUAUGUACAGAUCUAUUAUCUCGACAGUCACGACAUAAUAUCCUGGGUUCUACACCGCACCAACCCCUACACUGAGGGUCGAGACACACUAUUACAGUGCGCACAGACGUCACACUCUGUUGAACCGAUGGACAGACCGAACUCUUGCUUCUCAGCGUCUGCUCUCUUCCUGAGAGCUGGUGACAAGCUGGCAGUAAGAAACACCGGCGGAGAUAGACACUCAUUAAUGCAGCCGGAAAAGAGUUUCAUAGGUCUCGUCAAAUUGGCUGAUGCUGACGAGCCAAUUGACGAAUUCUAA